AUGUUCAAGAGACUAUCAGAGCGUUUCCCUGCGGCGGCCACGCGGCUAGAAGCUUACACUGCCGCUGGUUCCGAUGUUUCUGCUAUUUCUGUAAAUCCAGAAGCUAAUCCUGAUUCUAACGCCGAAAUCGCCAACUCACAAGAUUUAAACGCUGAUACGGCUCCAGGUCCAUUACCCACACUUUUCGGAGAGGAAAGCAGGUCACUACAGAGUGAUGAUCCCUCGCCAGCAAUCUCAAAGACUUCGUUAACCGAGCGUUUUAAUUCUGAGACCAUGUCUGCGGCUGCAUUUACGAUGAUGGGGUUCAUGCAGAAGGCCAAAGAGGUAGCUACCACAGCAGCUAAAGAAGGCGCUGAUAAGGCGCGCAAGGUUUUGGACGCUGCUGAUAUGGAUGCACUGCAGCGCCGACUUAGUUAUGCACUUGAUCGGUCUACUGGAGAAGUAAAUUUGGAGCUUUUAAACUUCUCGUACAUUAGUGACAAUCUCGUUGCUAUGGGUUUUCCCAGUAUGAAUUCGGGUACAAAUCGUACGCUACUAAAGGAUAAUCCGAUUGAUCUUGUAGCCAUGUACCUUAACGACAAGCAUAAUGGUCAUUAUAUGAUCUGGAAUAUGAGUGAAGAGACGUACGACUACACAUACUUUGACAACCAGGUGUUAGAAUACAAUUUUCCUGGUCAUCCGGCGCCACCAUUGGGUUUAAUUUUUAAAAUUUGUUCCUCAAUUGAAAAUUGGCUUCAAGCCGAUGAUAAGAAUCUUGCAGCCGUGCAUUGCUUGACUGGAAAAGGGCGAACGGGUACCGUCAUUGCGUGCUACUUGGCGUGGAUCGGGCAGUUUCCGAAUGCCUUGGAGAGUUUGGAGUUUGUCGCUGAAAAGCGGCAAACGUCGGUCGAGAAACUCACGAUUCCAUCGCAGCGUCGAUAUAUUCAGUAUUUCAAUAACGUCAUGGAAGGUGUCAAGCCUCGGUCAUCACCAUUACUGCUGCGUCGAGUAAUUAUAAAUACAAUUCCUGUAUUUGGAGAGCGACGAGUUUUAGAGCCGGCAAAAAAGGAGUUGAUAGAGGAAGACAGAUCAGAGACGGUUGGUGUCGAGGGCGAGUCGUUGACGUCUCUUGCUGCUCCAGGUGGCACGGAAACUGAGCAGGGAGAAUUGGUAGAGGUCAUUGAAAAAGGCUGCUGUCCGUAUCUGCAAGUUUUCAAAAGUGGAAAGUUGGUGUUUACAACUACGUGGCAAGAUAUGGAAGAUGGACAUGGAAUUCAGUGGGCAAGUACAGGUGAUGGUUCCCUAUCGUUCAAUGUGAAUUGUAUGCUGCAGGGAGACAUAUUGAUCCGUUGCCGCCAUUUGACGGAUGCUGGUCAGCGUAUUUCGAUGUUUCGUGGCGCAUUCCAUACGGGCUACAUUCCGCAAGGCAUUCUGAGACUGACUAAGGCUCAGCUCGAUGGGGCUUGCAAUGAUUCCCGCUUCGACCAGGAUUUUUUUGUCGAUUUAAUCUUUGCAGACGUUGAAAGCGAAGAAAUGUCUUUGGCUAAUCACGCGAAUGACGACAAAUCCGGCACAACUCCUAAAAGCGAGGGUGUAUCUCUAACCGAAGAAGAUCGCCAAGCCUACGAAGACAUGCUCCAACGAGAUGAAGUCUUUUGGCAAGAUAUUGAAGAAAGGAAAAAGAGACUUCAAAAGCAACGCGAAGAGCUUUUAAAUAAGAAGAUGGAAGCAGAAGCAGCAUCUAUUGCUGAAGCAAAGACGAAAGCUGAGGCAGCAGCUGAGGAAGCAAAUAUGGUGCAGUCAGAGCGAAAACAGACCUCAUUCAGUAUUAGUGGAAUAGAUGAAGACAUAGUCAAUGUGCAGAAGACUACUCGUAAGGGCAGCUGGGAUGCGGAAAAGGACAAAGAGUUGAUGAGCGAGCUCGAGUCGCUCACCGAUCGGGACCUGACUAACGCUGCCAAAGAUGUAGAGGAGGCAAAGACUCGCGAAGUAGCAACUUUUGCGAGCGAAGAGGGUGAUUCUAAUUUGUCGAAAGAUUAUGACGAAAUUCAGAAACUCGAGAAGGAGCUGGCGAGUCUUUCCGAUAGCAAGAUUGAUCCUCAGUUGGAGUUACUUGAUGCUGAGCUUAAAGGUCUUGAGGACCUGUCCCCUCUAGUUGGUGACGAGACUGACGACGUUAUGAAUUUCGGGGCUGAUGACUUCGAAGAGCUUGAAGAGUACUUGAGUGGUUUAUCAACCAAGUGA